AUGGCAUUUACAGGAACAUUGGAUAAAUGCAAUGCAUGUGAUAAGACUGUGUAUGUGGUGGAUCUGUUGUCUCUUGAGGGAGUUCCUUACCAUAAAUCUUGCUUUAGAUGCAGUCACUGCAAGGGGUUCCUUUCGAUGAGUAGCUACUCCUCAAUGGAUGGAGUUCUGUAUUGCAAGCCUCAUUUUGAGCAGCUUUUCAAGGAAUCUGGAAAUUUCAGCAAGAACUUUCACACAGCAAAGUCUUCUGAAAAAUCACAUGAGACGAGCAAGAACUCAAAUAAACUCUCUUCAUUGUUCAGUGGAACCCAGGACAAAUGUGCAGUUUGCACUAAAACUGUCUAUCCUCUGGAAAAGGUGACACUGGAAGGAGAAUGCUACCACAAGACUUGCUUUAGGUGUGCUCAUGCAGGGUGUCCUCUCACACACUCCUCCUAUGCUGCACUUGACGGUGUCCUGUAUUGCAGGCACCACUUUGCUCAACUUUUCAUGGAGAAAGGAGAUUACAACCAUGUCAAGCAAGUCACUGCUCACAAAAAGAACACUGCUUCUCAUGAUCAGUCUGACCACCUUGCAGAUGGCUCUCACUCAGAUAAACAUCCAUCUCAGGACCAAAAUGACGAUGACACUAAACAUGAACAACAAGAUGCACAAUCUUGA